CUCUAUCUGUCUCUAUAUAUAUAUUUGAUUUGAUAAUAAUUCGACGCACAUUCAUCCCCAAAAUUUCACAAACCCUAACCCUAAAAAAUUCCCCAAGAAAUUCCUUUUCUCAAAAAUCCAAUCUGGAAUUGUUGUGAAUGGUAGAAACCUUGUUAAUUCAGUUAAUGAUAUCCCCUCUUUCAUCAAGGGGUAUCUCAUCAUCUUCUUUCUCUUUCGGCUCUCGAAACGAAGGCUGGUACCACCGCUGCGUUGGCCUUGAUCCCUGAAUCUCACCGCCGCCGCCUUUUUUACGGUCAUCGGAACAAUACCCAUAUCUUGUUUUUUGUUUUUUUUUUGAAAAAAGUUUUGAUCUUUAUUGCUUUCUGUUAUUAUUACAUAAUAAUUAAUUUUCAAUAAUUUUGAUUCAAGAAUUUAUAACAAUGUUGAUGUAUAAGCAAAAGAAGAAUCAGGGAACCUCUGCAGGUGGUAAUAGGUUAUUGAUUAGUAUUACUGUGAUUGGAAGUGCUGGUCCCAUUAGGUUUGUUGUUAAUGAAGAUGAGCUUGUGGGCUCUGUUAUGGAUACUGUACUCAAGUCUUAUGCCCGAGAAGGGCGGUUGCCUGUUCUCGGGUCGAAUAUCGAUGAAUUCGUGCUUUAUUGCCCGAUCGCGGGCACUGAAGCUUUGGGUCGGUUGGAAGCUAUAGGCUCGUUUGGGGUCAGGAACUUCGUGCUCUGUAAGAAGCCUCAGCUGGUGGAAGAGGUUGCUGAUGGAAAGCCAGUUACAGUUGGAAUAACAAGGAAGAACACCGGCAGCUGGAAAUCGUGGUUUAAUAAAUCGCUCAAUCUCAAAGUUUCUUCUCAUUGAGUGCUUCCUUUUGAUUUGACACAAUGCAGUAUAGAGGAGUUUGUCUUUAAUUAUGUUUACAGAUCUGAAUUUUGUUUGUUCCUUCGUCAUCUCUGUUUUGGGGGAUUUGAAUCUUGGUUCCCGUCGAAUAACAGCUUUGAAUUUCUUGAUUUAUGUUUUUUGGCAAUAAAUUUCUCAUGAAAUAAAGGAUUUCCAAAAUCA